UCCAGAGAUACUUACAGGAGCAGUUAGGGUUAAUUAAGUGCCUUGCUGAAGGGCAUAGAGACAGAUUGUUCACCUAGUCGACUCAGGGAUUCAAACCAACGACUUUUCAGUUCCUGGGCCAACGCUCCCGCUAGGCUACCUACUUUUCUUCCUGUCUGCUUUUUCCAGAGUAACACCAAUCAGGUGCUUUUAUGCAGGUGUAGGUUAAAGUUGAACAUCAUUGUAAUAGUUACACAUUGAGAGCUAUUGCCUAGAUGGUGCUAUGUACUGCUCAACUUACUGAGAGGACCAUGACAAACCCACUGCCAACCAGUCUGUUCCAGAGGCCUGAGAGACACCAAGGUGCUCCCGUCUGUCCGGAGCUGCCAGAGCCGCCCGCCUGUCCGGAGCUGCCAGAGCCACAGCCCCUCAGUCCAGAGGCGCCCCUCAGUCCAGUGGCGCCCUCUACGAGGGUCUUCAUUCCGGGGCCCGCUGCGAGGUUCCCCGGACUGUUCACCUAAGUGGGCCAAUACUGAGGUGGAGCGGGGUCCACGUCCCGUACCCGAGCCGCCGC